GUUCCCCAGGGAGCAGCAGACCCUUCCCAAUCACUUCUACUUCACGGACUACGAGCGCCACAACGCGGAGAUUGCCGCCUUCCACUUGGACAGAUUACUCGGCUUCAGACGGGCGAUGCCAGUCACCGGAAGGCUGCUGAACAUGACGACGGAGCUGUACCAGAAGGCGGAAGGCGACCUAUUGAACACGUUCUUCGUCUCCCCGUCCGACAACCUGUGCUUCCACGGAAAGUGCUCCUACUACUGCGAUACCUCGCACGCCAUCUGCGGAAAUCCCGACACCCUGGAGGGAAGCUUCGCGGCUUUCCUGCCAUCCAGCAAGCUGGCCCCCACCAAGGUAUGGAGACAUCCAUGGCGGCGGUCCUACCACAAGCGGAGGAAAGCUCAGUGGGAGACGGACCCCAACUACUGCCAGCUGGUGAGGGAGAUUCCGCCUUACGACAAGGGACGCAGACUUUACGAUCUCAUGGACAUGUCUGUGUUCGAUUUUCUCAUGGGGAACAUGGAUAGGCAUCACUACGAGACGUUUAGGUAA